UCAUGGCUGACAGAAACAGCAGGUUCAGUGUUAAGAAGAAAGAGAAGAAGGUGGAAAACAAAACAAAUGACGAUAAGGAUAAAGACAAGGAAAAGGGGAAGGAGAAACUUGUGAAAAAGCCUGACAAGCUCACGAAAAAGCCAGAGAAAACCCCAGAGAAAACUCCUGAGGAGCCCAAGGUGGAUGAAGAGAAGAGGAAUGGGGAAGGUGACGGGGCAAAAGGAGCGGAGGCACCUAAUAAUGAAGAAAAUGGAGAGUUUGAGCCCAUCGAACUGCCACCAUUUGAGAUCGUCACAGGGGAACAGAUGAGCCCGUUCUACUUCAAGUUUCAGUUCAGGAAUGUGGAGUACUCGUCAGGGAGGAACAAGACCCUACUGUGCUACAGAGUGGAUACAGCAGGAGGCAGUACAGAGCCUCUGAAAGGUUAUAUGGAGGAUGAACAUGCCACAGCUCAUGUCGAAGAGGCCUUUUUUCAACAGAUUCUCCCUAACUACAACUCCUCUCAGGAGCUGGAGGUCACAUGGUAUGUAUCAACCAGUCCCUGUGUGGCUUGUGCAGCCAAGUUGGCCACAAUCCUCCAGCAGCACAAAAAGCUCCGUCUCUGCAUGUUCUGCUCUCGUCUCUUUGAGUGGGAGCAGCCAGAGAUAGUACAAGGGCUGAAAGCCUUGGUGAGUGCUGGCUGCAAACUGAGGAUGAUGAAGCCACGUGACUUCCUGCUUGUUUGGGAGACGUAUGUGGAGAAGGAGGACCAGAGCUUUACACCCUGGGAGGAUUGUCAGGAGAACUAUGACUAUUAUAUGGAAAAACUGACUGAUAUCCUCAAGUAAAUGUUCACUGAUGGACAAGAUCUCCCCAUUGACUGAACCACAAAUUGGACUACUUGUGAAUUCCCACUGGUUGAACUUAUUUCUAGCAGUCACGUCUGAUGGUGCAGAUCAAUAUUAGUUUGAAUGAACACUCCUGGCAACAUUUUGUAUUUUUUAUUUUGAUAAUUUCAUAGGCAUACAGAAUAUAUUUGAAUGGCGUUUCUAUAGCAUUAUACUCACUGUAUAAAAAUAUUUACAAACAUGUUAUAUCAAAGAGGUCACUUUAGAAUAACAAAGCAAAAACAUUAAUUGUAGAACCAUGUACAGCAUUAAAUAGGCUUUGGAGAAGAACAUCUUGAAUCUACUGACAUCUGGUGUUUGUUCUAGGAAUUGAAACACUAACUGAAGGAGAAAUUCCUGCAGGUAAACACAUAUGUUCAAUACUAUAACUGCCAGUGAUUUAUAUGAAAGCUAACAAUGUAUAUGUAAUAAUGUUUCAUAUUUGAACAGCGCCUCAAGUAAAUGUAUCAAUACAGUUCUGUGGAUUAAAAUAAUGUACAAUUCUAAACAA